AUGCACUGGUAUCAAAAUAAUUGUGGUUGGUCAUUUGACCUAAAAGUAAAUAAUUCUGCGAGGAAAGUUACGCCAGUUACUAGUAAACAGCCUCCUUAUACCUGUGCGGACAGCCCAACCACGUUGCGAGUUGAUCUGAACACCAAAGUUUUGAACAACAACACCGAAAUAACUAGCAAAGAUGAUAAAAAUAAUUUUAAUUGCCUCUAUGCUUAUUCCGAUAAAAUGUAUGAUUAUGGAGCUAUCUUUAAUUUUGAAAAUGAUGGGGCUCGAUGGCCAUUACUUGGACAAAAACCUGCUGCUUUAUCUAUAGUUGCAACAGUAGAUGUUAUGAACUUUGCACAACCUACCCUUAAUGCAGCAGUGGCAAGCACCAUCCUCAAUCAUUAUGGCUUUACAUAUUGUGACCAUAUAGAUCAAAAUCUCUGUGGUACACGUUGUUCGGCAGAAAGUAUUGCCACUCCAGUUGGAGGUGGUUGCGUUGUUCAUGGUAGAUAUAACUGUGGUCAGUUACCCGAAGCUAAAAAGAAAAUUAGUAAACAAACCACAAUCAAACCCGAAAGAUAA